GUGCCCUUCUCGUGGACUGGGACCCAAGUCCUGUCUGGCCCUGCGCUCUGCCGCCCUUUCUCUUCCACAGGAGCCGGUGUGUUCAGCUCUGAACUGCUCUGUGCUUCAUAGUAAUAAAAGUAAUAGUAGGUCAGAGGUUCAUGCUGAUGAAGGUAGUGAAACAGAAAAUAUCAAGAUGAGUAAAAAGCCUCCAAAUCGUCCUGGAAUCACAUUUGAGAUUGGUGCUCGUUUGGAGGCACUGGACUAUUUACAAAAAUGGUAUCCAUCUCGUAUUGAGAAGAUAGACUAUGAAGAGGGGAAGAUGUUGGUCCAUUUUGAACGCUGGAGUCAUCGCUAUGAUGAGUGGAUUUAUUGGGACAGCAAUAGGUUGCGACCCUUAGAGCGACCAGCGUUGAGGAAAGAAGGGCUGAAAGAUGAUGAAGAAUUUGUUGAUUUUAAACCUGGGGAAGAAGUCCUAGCUCGUUGGACAGACUGUCGAUAUUACCCUGCAAAGAUUGAAGCAAUUAAUAAAGAGGGAACUUUCACAGUACAGUUCUAUGACGGUGUUAUUCGAUGUCUUAAGAGGAUGCAUAUCAAAUCUAUGCCAGAGGAUGCAAAAGGGCAGGCGCGCGAGAGGGAGCAGAUAGCGCCGGAGCUGAGAUUAGUGACGGAAAUCGAACCAAAAGAAGAUUGGAUAGCUUUGGUCAAAGCUGCUGCAGCAGCAGCAGCCAAGAACAAAGCAGGAAGCAAACCUAGAACCAGCGCAAACAGCAAUAAAGAUAAAGAGGAGAGAAAAUGGCUAAAAAUUCCUUCAAGAAAGGAAGAAACUUCAACGUCUACAAUCAUGCAGGAAGUCCAAAAAAAGGAAGAGGAACCUACAUCUAGUGAUACAUUUGGUUUUCCUGUGGUGGAUGUUCCAAAGAUGGCCUUUGUGCGGGCAGAGAGCACGUUAUCCCACAAGAGGAAAAGUAAUCUGGGCAACUCAUUUCAGGCAAAGAGAGCUCGUCUUAACAAGAUCACUGGUUUAUUGGCAUCCAAAGCUGUUGUUGCGGAUGGUGCUGAAAAAAAGGAAGGCAACAAAGAAACAGCUCCAGUCCUGGAGCAGGAGAUUUCACCUAAACCACAAAGUCAGAAAAAAAAUGAAGCUGAUAUUAGCAGUUCUGCCAGCAUUCAGAAACCUGCACUGUUAUCCUCAACUUUGUCUUCAGGAAAGGCUCGCAGCAAGAAAUGCAAACAAGAAUCUGGAGAUUCUUCUGGGUGUAUAAAGCCCCCUAAAUCACCACUUUCCCCAGAGUUAAUACAAGUCGAGGAUUUGACGCUGGUCUCUCAGCUUCCUUCUUCUGUGAUAAAUAAAACUAGUCCAUCACAGCCAGUGAAUUCCCCUAGAUCCUACAAACAUAGCCAGCGGAGGAGAAGAUCACAGCGUUUAGCCACUUGCUCGUUGCCUGAUGAUUCUGUAGAAAAAGUUUCCUCUCCCUCUACAGUUACUGAUGGAAAAGUGUUCUCCAUCAGUGCUCAAAAUCAACAGCCAUCAAAAUUGGAGGUACCUGAUGUUGCUCAUAUGUCACUUGAGAAGCGUGGACCAUGUCUCCCUCUUGACUUAAGCCGUAGUUCCGAAGUUACAACACCAUUAUCCACAGAAUCCACUUUCCGUAAUGAAUAUCCCAAUAAAGAAAAGGAAGAUAUUCAGAUGAUUACAUAUCUUUCUUCCAAAGCAGUAACUGAUGGAAGAGUAGCUACAACAGCGUCAGGUGCAGUGAGACUGGAAAGGAAAGGAAAACUGGAAGAGAAAAGCUCCUCAGCAUAUGGUAAAAAGAAAGAAAAGGAAAAGGAGAAAAAAGAUAAAAAGGAGAAAGAUCAUAAAUCAAAACAGAAAAAGAAGAAGAAGAAAAAGAAGAAAUCUAAGCAGCAUGAUUAUUCGGAUUAUGAAGACAGUUCUGUUGAAUUCUUGGACAGAUGCUCCUCUCCGUUAACACGGUCCUCGGGGAGCUCCCUGACUUUGCGCAGCAUGUUCUCAGAGAAGAAUACAUCGUACCAGUAUCCAAGAGCUAUCUUAUCUGUUGACCUUAGUGGAGAAAACCUUUCAGAUGUGGAGUUCUUGGAUGAUUCUUCCACAGAGAGUUUGUUACUUAGUGGUGAUGAAUACAAUCAGGAUUUUGAUUCAACUAAUUUUGAAGAGUCUCAGGAUGAAGAUGAUGCUCUCAAUGAAAUUGUAAGAUGCAUCUGUGAACUGGAUGAAGAAAAUGGCUUUAUGAUUCAGUGUGAAGAAUGCUUGUGUUGGCAACACAGUGUAUGCAUGGGGUUGUUAGAGGACAGCAUUCCAGAGCAGUACAUCUGUUAUAUCUGCAGAGAUCCACCAGGUCAGAGAUGGAGUGCCAAAUAUCUUUAUGAUAAAGACUGGCUAAACAAUGGACACAUGUGUGGAUUAUCAUUUUUGAAAGAAAACUAUUCUCAUCUUAAUGCCAAAAAGAUUGUGUCAACGCAUCAUCUACUGGCAGAUGUAUAUGGUGUAACUGAAAUAUUGCAUGGACUGCAGUUGAAGAUUGGGAUAUUAAAAAAUAAGCAUCACCCAGACCUUCAUCUCUGGGCUUACUCAGGGAUGCGGAAAGAACAAGAACAAAUAACUCUUGGGGUAGAGAAAAAAAUAGUGACUUUGCCAGACCUUGUUCAUUCAAUUGGAAGGACUCAAAAUCAUAAACAGCCGCCCAGCUUACCCCAAAAGAUGGAAGAAACGUAUAUCACAAGUGAGCACAGUUACCAAAAACCGCAGAGUUUUAUUCAAGACUGCAAAGCACUCACUGACCCAAUGAGCUCAGAUGAUGAAGAUACAAGUAGUUUUGAGGAAGAUCAGGAAUUUCUUUCAGAGAAUAAAAACUGUUUACAAUAUUCUUUUAAAGAUGAUGGCAUGCAUGAUCAAAGGAAUUCUGCUGAAGGGAACACUGUGUUUGUUUGUAAUGAAAAAAAAGGCUCAGAAGAGCAAGUGGACACGCAUCUUCAAUGGCAGCUAAAUCUCCUUACCCAUAUAGAGAAUGUACAGAAUGAAGUCACCAGCAGAAUGGACCUGAUUGAAAAGGAAGUUGAUGUUCUAGAAAGCUGGCUUGAUUUCACUGGAGAAUUGGAGCCACCAGAUCCUCUUGCAAGGUUGCCUCAGCUCAAGCGACGUAUUAAACAGCUCCUAAUUGACAUGGGGAAAGUACAACAAAUAGCAACGCUUUGCUCUGUAUGACAAAAGGAAGAAUAAAGAAAUAAAAAUAGGCUUUCUACACAGUGACUUUUCUUAUUAGCCGCAAGACUGACAGGAGGAAGACGGCAAAAAGCUGAGCGUUUAUCUGGUUCUGUGCUGAUUACAGUAAUAGCCUGAAGCUUUAGAGAGAGGAGAGGAGAUCUAGACUAAGGAAUUUGUUAUGCUGAAAAUCUGAAUAUUCAAUGUCCAAGCUUCAAAGUGUAAUAUAUUACACACUGAGAAAUGUUAAUGUAAUCUUAACAUGAUAAGCAAGGCAUUUGCCUCAUAUAAGAAAGCUGAACAAACAAAAAUUCUGCAAAGAACACUGCUACCGUUUUGAAACCUUUGGCAGAAAGUUCCAAAUUCACAGAAGUCAAAUGACUAAAAACAAUCCUUGGGAAAUGCAUUUUUAAUAAAUUCCUUUUAUCUUGCUAGUGAAAGAUAGACACAGAGAGCUCUGUAUCCUCUCUACAAGAAAAGUUUAUAGAUUGUUAUUUUCUUCUCUCAUGAAUGUUUGGGAAAAUGAACAUAUUAGCUUUGGUUUUGAAAGAAAUGACUUGCCAUGGUCUCCUUUUUUAAAGUAUUUUUUUAAAUAGAAAUCCUCAUUACAGCACCCUUAGGCUCCUUUAAAACAUAAGUGGCAAAUAGUUGUCCGAUGUGCCAAAUAAUGUUAAAAACCACUGGGAUGAGAGUUUUGAGUAUGACUUACAUGAAGGUUUUUUCCAAAGUCCUACUUGGUGCCAGCAAUCCAUCCAAAAUUGUAUCUAGUUUAUAUUUUUUUAUGUUCUAUUGCAGUAUUCAGGAUUCAGAUUACAAUUUUGUCCUGAGUAGCUCUGUUUUCAUGUUAGCCCUCUGAAACUUUAUCAGCCUCAGCUGGGAUGAGGAAUGACAAGAGCAGCAAAAAUGUCUGUGACUGUGAAUUACUAAACCACUAGAAUAAAUAUCACAGGAUACAUUAUCAAAGAUGUUUUUAUAAAAACUGUCCACUUCAGUGAAUGAAACAUCAUGAAACCAAAGGCAGCCUAGUUGCUCUGUUAGAUCUUGCUGGAUUUUGAGCCCAGGACUUUCCCUGUGCUUAUAAGUUGCCGCUGUACCCAGUGAUACAUACGUACUUCUAUGUGUAUGUAUGUAUAUGUGUAUAGAUACACAUGUACAUAUAUGCAUACCAUAUACAUUUAUAUCUACACAUGUCUAGUUUUAUUACAAUAAACUAUAAGAACUGGUGGUUAACAUGAAAUGUUACCUUUUAACAAGCAGUUUCUAAAAUUGAAAAUAAUGUAUGUACAGCUUUUGAAAUUUGUAAAAUAUGACUGUUAAAAGGAGGCUAUUUAACAGAUGACGUUAAGAUACUUGAACAUUUUAUGCCUCGCAUCUGUUUAUCAGUUCUAGUUAUCUGUAUAAAUGCAUUUUAGAACCGAUAGACAGUAAACUUGAAUUUACCUUUUGAUAAGAGUACAAGCCACUGUACAUUCAAAAAUUAUUUAAAUUUGCAAACACACUGUUCUAUAUGUAAGGUACUGUAUGUAAAACUGUUUAUUAAAAGUAUUCUGCAUACUUUACAUUUUCCACUUUUCUUCCUGAUCUACAUACAAAGAAAAAAAUUGAUAAUGUACAGACCAUCAAAAAAUCAUAAAUUCUGGAAUGCCUUUUGAGAAUCUGUAAAAUUGAAAAACGUGCCAAAGAUGGGUUAUCUAGGAAAGAUUUUGCAACCAGUGUGUUGAACUUUCAUGAUAAAACCAUUAUUGAGAAAGAAAGUAGCAUGGCUUGCUCAUUGCUAAAAUAGACCUACUCUGCUGUUUCCCAUCUGUCUGUCAUGUCCGAAGUAAGUUAUCACUCUUGAUGUCUAAAGCAAAAUGUAAACCCCUGUUACAGAGCAAUUGCUAUUUGAAAAGUCUUGCUGCAUCAGUCUUACAGGAGAUAACUACAACUCUGUAUGAUAAGUAUAACAUGGAAGUUCAUUAUGGAAUCAUGGUUGGCAACUUCGUAAUACAGAAAGAAUACAACAGCUGAGGAAUUGUUGGCAUUUUAAUAGUAUUUGUUGUUAAAUAAAAUACCUUGAUGCGUUAUAUAGUUGGAUGCUUAAAUAACUGCUUAAAACAAUACGAGUAGUUGAGUGACCUACUUGCUUUUUUGAUAUGAGACUUUUUUUAUAUAUAAUUCACUUGCUGCAUAUCCUUGAAUGUGGUACUGUGUGUACUGUAUAAGAGAAGCGUAAGCACAGAUGAAUUACUUUGAAACAAAGUGGAGUGUAUGUACAUAGUUUAUACCGCAUACACUAUAGCAUUAUUAUGCAAUGCGUGUGCAUGGACGUGAUGUAAUAUAAUUGUAAAUGUGACUGAAGGUGGAGAUGGACUGAAGGAUUUCAGGUGGGAGGAAGGAGGUUCCGUUCUUACAGCAGCAAUGUAAGAAUAGUAUCCUGAAAAGGAAAUUGUAGUAAGGUCAAAAUUAAAGUUGCCCUUGCAGCUUUAAUUUAUUUUCUGUUUGUAUAUGUGGCGGUCUCCAAACUUACGUGACCAUGUAAUUCUGUCCUUGAGGAACCUGCCUUAUUCAGCAUGGCCUGUGCUUACAAAGCAAGUAAUCUGUUCAGUAUUUCUUUUUUAUCUUCUCUUCUUAUGUAGUCAAGUAUUAUAAAAAUUCUUGCAGGCAUUCAUAUCUGAUGUGAAAUACAGUCUCAUUUUGCUAUUGGA